CGUCUUGUCAGUUCUACCACUGAGGGAGGGGGCCUGGUCAUCAAAGUAUCCAUGGAUAAGGAUGGCCAGGAGUAUCUUCAAGCUCGUGGGGGAAAAUUGCACUUCGGCGCCGGGUGGAUCCGCUUCCGGCUAACGCAUUAGGAGGAAGGAAGCAGCAGCUACUCAAUAUCAUGCAGAUUAAUCUGCAUCACUGCAAAGCAGCUGCUGCUGAACUCCUCCUAUCCCUCACGAGAUCUGAAGUUGACAUAGCCCUAAUCCAGGAACCCUAUACAUACAAUAAUAGGGUAACUGGGUUAGGGAGUGGGCAGUAUGUCACUUACGCGGUCUCCAAUGGUGAUAAGGUAAGGACGUGUAUUGUUGCCAAAAAGAAUUUAAAUCUUAUCUUCCUUAGCAACUACAGUGGAGGAGACGUCACGGUAGCGAGAAUGGAAUGCAAAUCCGGGAGGGUUCUCUUUUUCAUUUCUCUCUACCUACCGUAUGAGCGACCUGACCCACCCGGCCACGAGGUAGAGGAGCUGCUCGACGAUCUGGUCAACAACGGGCACAUAAUUAUAGGUUGUGAUGCCAACGCACACCACUUCCAAUGGGGCAGUACGAAUACUAACGUCAGAGGAUGAACACAAUGGACCUAUAGGUCUCCGAGUGGAGCAGUUGCUAAAUGCAGCUGCGCGUCCUUUAACCUAACCUAACCUAAGCCAGCCAAAAAAA